UGACCGGAAAGAAAGGGUGCAUCUAGAAUAAGGGCCCUUCCACUUUCCGGCUGCCGCACAGUUAUAUAUUCUCAGGAAUGGGUGCCGGCGUGUUUACCGCGGUUCUUGACAACUGGUGAGAUGCCGUACGGCAGCCGCUGCCCGGACUGCGGCUCCUCUGAGCUCGUGGAAGACUCACAUUAUACUCAGAGCCAGCUGGUGUGCUCCGACUGCGGUUGCGUGGUCACCGAAGGGGUCCUCACUACCACCUUCAGCGACGAAGGCAACCUCAGAGAAGUGGCAUAUUCUCGAAGCACAGGGGAAAACGAACAAGUCAGUCGCAGCCAGCAACGAGACCUCCGUCGGGUAAGAGACCUGUGUCGAAUUCUCAAGUUGCCACAAACAUUUGAGGAUACAGCAGUCUCCUACUACCGAAAGGCCUAUCAGCUGUCGGGCAUUCGUGCUGCCAGGCUCCAGAAGAAGGAAGUGCUAGUGGGAUGCUGUGUCUUAAUAACCUGCCGGCAACAUAACUGGCCCCUAACCAUGGGAACCAUCUGUGCCUUGUUGUAUGCGGAUCUGGAUGUGUUUUCCGGCACCUACAUGCAGAUAGUGAAGCUCCUGGGGCUGGAUGUGCCCUCUCUGUGCCUGGAAGACUUGGUGAAGUCUUACUGCGGCAGACAGCCUCAUACAGCCCAGGCUGACUUUGCACUUGUGAUCAUCUUGUCUCCAUCUUCUCAGUGCUGGGAUUACAGCUUCAAACUGUUCCAAGCUUCCCCAUCCAUGCCACCCAAAUACGUGGAAGACAAAGACAAGAUGCUGUCUCGCACCUUGCUGUUGGUGGAGCUGGCAAAUGAGACAUGGCUAGUGACUGGGCGGCAUCCCUUGCCUAUCAUCACUGCAGCCACCUUCCUGGCAUGGCAGUCUCUGCGGCCUUCAGAUCGACUGACGUGUUCUCUCGCCCGGUUUUGUAAAUUGGCAAACGUGGACCUGCCCUACCCAGCUGCCUCUCGUCUGCAGGAGCUCCAGGCUGUGCUGCUUCAGAUGGCCAGCCAGCUUGCCUGGUUACAAGUUCUUAAACUUGAUAAGCGGUCAGUAGUGAAACACAUUGGAGACCUUCUCCAGCACCGCCACAUACUGCUCCGAAUGGCUUUUCGAGAUGGAACAGAGGUGGUGGAGACCGAGGAAUUACAGCAGCAAGGGCAAGGACAGCAAGAAGAGGUAGAGGACGGUGCCUUGGAUUUGCCCAAGAGGAAGCGUCCUGCCAGUCCUGUCCUUCUCCUUCCACCCUGCAUGUUGAAGCCCCCCAAACGGACCCAUCCCACACCCCCUGUUUCUGUAGUGACUGGAGACGAGAACAUUUCUGAUAGUGAGAUAGAGCAAUAUUUGCGAACCCCUCAGGAAGUUAGAGACUUUCAGAGAGCCCAAGCUGCAAGCGAGGCAGCCAUGAGUGUCCCUAACCCUCCCUGAUGCACACUCUGUAGGUGCAUUCAGUUCUGACUACAGCUUAUUGAUAGGCCUGUUCUAUCGCAAGAAGUAUGACCCUUGGAUAUUUCCUUUCUUGUUUAAAGGAACCAAGAGUAUCCUUGCAGUUAAUUGAUCCUUGCAGUUAAUUGGACACACGUCCUAGAGAAGAUGGGAGGAUGGCAGUAGGGGCAAAAGUCCUAUCCCUUGGUGCAGUUGAGCUGAGCGAGUUGGUUGUCUACAUCUGGGAUGGAUUAUUCUUAAGGUGCUUCCUGUUGAAGAAUCUGCCCAGUUCUGUUCUGCCCUAGUAUGAAGUAAAUGUGUCGCUGUUGUGAAAGAGCUGGCAUUCCUGGUGAUCUCAAGCAUUCCAUGAGCAGGUACCCCAAUUCCUAGCCCCUGUCUAGUCUAGGCUCUAGUUUUGAAUAUUCCCAAAAUCUUCUACAUUAACAAAAGGACCAUGGCUGGACUACAGCUGUCGCUCAAAGGGCUUUGCAAGAUUUUAAUAUAUUAAAACAAAGAGGCAUCUGCUGGAAAACAUUCUAUUGUAUAAAACCAGAACUUUUAAAACA